AUGCUCUUCCAAGGACUUUCCCUCGCCCUGCUGGCCCAGUCGGCCUUGGCCACGCGCCCCUUCCUUAACGAGCCCGACACGGGCAUCCAGGAUGCUCUUCCUGACCUGCAGCCCGGCCAGCUGCCCAACUUGACGUCCAUUGUCGGCCUGCCCGACUUCGACUUCGUCGCACGCAACUACAUGAAUGUGACGGGUUACACGUACUACCGCAACGGCGCCGCCGGCGAGUGGUCGUACCGCAACAACCUCGAGGCCUACGGCCGCGUACGCUUCAGGCCCCGCGUACUCGUCGACAUCACCAAGGUCGAGAGCUCCCUGCCCACGACGCUGCUGGGCCACAACGUGUCGGCGCCCUUCUUCAUCAGCCCGUGCGCCAAGGCGGGCUACGCGCACGACGACGCCGAGGUCAACAUGGUCAAGGCCGCCGCCGACGCCAACAUCCUCUACGUCGUGUCCGACUUCUCGAGCAAGUCCAAGGACGAGAUCCACGCGGCCAAGACGGCCGGCCAGGUCCUGUUCCAGCAGACGUACGUGCAGGAGAACCUGACCGACGUGGCCAAGCAGCUGAAGGUCGCCGAGGACGCGGGUUUCGCCGCCAUUGUGCUGACGGUCGACUCGGCCGCCGACGGCAACCGCCACCGCGCUGAGCGCUUCAGCGUCGGCUCCGCUGACCCGGGCUACACGUACUUCACGUGGGACUACUACCAGACGCUGCGCAACAUGACCAAGCUGCCCAUCAUCCCCAAGGGCAUCAUGAGCGCCGAGGACGCGCAAAAGGCCGUCGAGCUCGGCGCCCCGGCCAUCUACCUGUCCAACCACGGCGGCCGCCAGCUCGACGGCAGCCCCUCGCCGCUCGAGGUCGCGCUGGAGAUCCACGCCCAGGCGCCCGACGUCUUCAAGAAGACAGAAGUCUUCGCCGACGGCGGCGUGCGCUAUGGUGGCGAUGCGCUGAAGCUGCUCGCGCUCGGCGUCAAGGCCGUCGGCCUCGGCAGGCCGUUCAUGUACGCCAAUGUCUAUGGUCAGGAGGGCGUCGCCAAGGCCAUCACCAUCAUGAAGCACGAGAUUGCCAUGGAUGCUGGCAACCUCGGCGUCGGCGAUCUGAAGAAAAUUGAUACCCGCUACGUUAACUACCAGUACGACAACUGGUACAGCUAG